AACCGAUGACUUUUCAACUGAUAUGUCUUCUGAAGAGUUGAAGUCGUAUUAUAUUGGAAAAGAUCCUCGGAAAGAAUUCUUCAGCAGUAGGAAGUUCUAUGGGUCAGUUAUGGAUCUCCAUGUCAUUGGAGUUACUUUGUCUUCUGCUGAAAUCUCCGACUUAUACUGCGAUAUCCCGCGGAUCAUAAACCAUACAGACGAAGUAAGUGGAAGCACUGUUCGGGUCACGUGGGAGCAGCCAUCUUGCUCGGUUGUAAAUUCGAAGAACGUUAUUUUUUACAGAGAAGUAACCAGAACAAGUAGGGGAAAGUGGAAUACAGUCAAUGUGUCGCAGGAUGCAACUCACUACAAUGUUCAGUUAGAAUGCUUCAAGGAAUACCAGUUAGCAGUUUCCACUUGGUACGCUAAUGCACGGCUUCCCAGUAAACUAUGGAAGGUCAAGACCGGAAUAGGCCAACUGCCACCUCCCGUAAUUAACAACAAAGAAAAGGAAAUAAAUAGCUGCAAGGUGAACACCACAUGGAGUCCUCCAAGGAAUAUUAAAUGUCCUCUAUCGAUGUACAUAAUACACUACAGAAAAGUGCCUUCACUCGGUCAUGAAGCUGACUGGAUGCAAAUCAGAGUUACCAAUAUUACAAACACAUUUCAUCUUGUCCAACUUGAUUGUGGCACACAGUACGAAAUUCAAAUGACUGUUGCCAAUGAACUUGGUGAAAGUAACAUGUCAAACUCUUGGCGAGUUAAAACAAAGUCAGACGUAAAAGCCGAUCAGAAUACAAUCGUUUUCAGAGCUGGAAUAAUCGCAGGAAGUGUCGCCGUUGUUGCCAUGGUAACAAUGGGGAUUGCAGCGUGCCUCAGAAAGAAAUGGAAACAGAAACAACUUCAUGCUGUCAUGGCAAAAAGGUCCAAGUCUGACAUCGUUCCCUUACUGCAAUGGGAGGUUAUUCCGGAGCGGGUAACAUUUAUGGAGGAGCUGGGUAGAGGGGCUUUUGGCAAGGUUUACAAAGGAGUCUUCAGGGAAUUUCCAAGCGCUGAAGUAUUUUUCAAGCCCAGAGAGGAAAGAGUGGAGGUCAAAGAGGAAAGAGUUGUUGCUGUCAAAGUGUUACUUGAAGCAGCGGGUGAGGAGGGCAAACAGCAGUUUUUACAGGAAAUUGAUCUCAUGAAGCAAAUUGGUUUUCACCGAAAUGUUCUGAGCAUGCUCGGCUACUGGGUCAGAUCUGAACCCAUCCUGCUGAUCUUGGAAUAUGUUCCACACGGGGAUCUCCUUCAAUGGCUUAGAAAGAAACGACAGGAACACGUCCAGUACCAAACAAAACCGUCGACUUUUGAAGGAACUUAUCAAGGAUUGACAAAAGUGGUCGAUGAAAGCUUCCAAAGUGUGCCAUCACAGGCGCUGCCCAUGACCGAACAUGAUCAUGUCACGCAAAGAGAGGAAGCCCCUCCAUCAGAGGCUAACGAAAAGAUGGAAGAGAACAAUAGUAAAUGUGCGAGUUCAUGCAACGUGGAAAAUGCACGCAUGAAGAUUAACAUCCCGUCCCAGAAUAACAAUAACGAUGAAGAUGACCUUUCUGCAAAGGACCUUCUUUGCUUGGCGUGGCAGAUAGCUCAAGGAAUGGAAUACUUGUCCAGUAAAGGAUUUGUUCAUCGUGAUCUGGCAGCUCGUAAUGUUCUUCUUGGUGAGGGCAGAGCGGUGAAGAUCGCUGAUUUUGGUCUGCUACGCCACACUCAUGAUGAAAUAUACAAGAUAAAGUACACGAAAAAACUGCCAAUCAAAUGGACAGCACCUGAGGCGCUUAGCAACGGUUUAUACACUUCAAAAAGUGACGUAUGGUCUUUCGGAGUACUCCUGUGGGAACUGGCCACAAUGGGCGAUAUUCCAUAUCCUGGGGUAAGCAACAAGCAACUGUACAGACUUCUUAAGACAGGAUAUCGCAUGGAUAAACCAGACAUGUGUUCAGAUGAGAUGUAAGUAAAUCGCUCAGUAUACUUUGUUUUUGUCGAAAUAAAACACAGCCGAAGGAUUCGUUCACUGUAAUUUAUGUUGCUGGGAUCAAAUCACGAACAUUGUUUCUUCAUCUGGUUAGCUCCAACAAGAGUAAACGAAGAUAGUUAUGUUUAAGGUGGUUCGUACAGCUCAAGUGGUUUACUGAAAUAUGCCCGAUUAACCAGCACCGUUUGCAAGGUUCUUCAUGAUUGGAUAAACGAAACAGUAGAUAAAGAACACAAACAAUGCCUCAGCCCUAAGAACAAAAGAGGUACAGAUUAACAUGGACGAAUUAAAGUGGUACAGACCAAUUGGAUUGCUCGACAAGUCGCGAUCGUCUUCUUGAUAUGACAGA